GUUUCCAAGAUGGCGGUGUACGCAGGUGGGAUGUCGCGGCUGCUGUGUUUCUUGUUGAGGAGGUUGUGCCCGCGAAGGCAGCCCAGCACCGGAGCCCGGGGACCGCCGGCGCCUCUGGCUUGGCACUCGGAGUGGGAGUGCGGCCCCAUAUGGAUGACAGCGGCCAUGAGCCGGUUCAGGCACACGACGAGUCGGCGGCAGCAGCAGGUCACGCCGCGGGGAGAGGAGGGAAUGUCGGAGCCGCCGCUGCCAACUGGAGCGAGCGGUCAGCAAGACUUACAGGCCCUUCUUCAAGAGUUUCCACAGCCUAAGAACCUGCUGGUUCAGGUCAUGCAGCGAGCUCUGAAGGCUUCUAAUGUAAAUGAUCGCAUUGUCUACAAAUCAUUUGAUGGAUACAUUAAAAAAACCGUUCUGUACAUCAGUUGGCCAAGAAAACUGAAAGUGGAAGGUUUCGGCAAUAAGAAAGUUGUUGCAGAGAAACAUGCUGCCGCGGCUGCUUGCAGGAUAUUCAAGCAAUGGGGCCUACUGGGACCAAAGAAUCAGCUGUUCCAAGCUCAAGAAUACCAGGAUUUGGCUGCAAAAUGUGCUGCUUUACCUCUAACUGAGGUGCAUGUAGUGAUGGACAACUCAACCAACAAUACUCAACAGAUAACCUCCAGGCAGGAGAAUGUUCAGAAAGAAAUACCUGAACCAAAUGAAAUGGGUCUGCUGGAGGAAAGUGAGAUGGAUCAGGAGGCAGAGGAAGGGACAAUGGAUUGCGCAGAGUUUCUCUCUGUCACAGACAAAGCACCUCAGCACAAGCUGAUGUCAAGAGCGGUUCAGCGUACCAUGACAGAUAACACCAGUGCGAUGAGGGCCCUCACACAGUUUCCUGAGCCGAAGAACCUCCUGUCAAAGGUCAUACAAAUAGCGACCACCUCCUCUACAGUCACAGACUAUUUGAAAUACACCACAGAAGAUGGUCCUGUCAAGGUAUGCCGGCUUGAGAUGCAGUGGCCGACCCCGAUGACCUUCAUUGCAAGUGGCCGGCGGAAAACCGAGGCAGAAAGAAGAGCAGCAGCUUUAGCCUGUAAGAAGUUGAAGGAUCUUGGUUUGAUCAACCAGAAAAAUCAUCCACUGACCCAUGCCAUGUACAACUUGGCCGCGAUAAAAGAGUUGAGCGAAAAGGAGCGGCGUCCGACCAAGCUAGAAAUCCCAAACAGCCUCCAGCAACGAAUCCAGCAAUACUUGGACCAGCAUACAAUAGAGAUUGCCUCUGAAGAUGAUGACCAUGAACACCAGUCCAUUAGCCCUAGCCCAGAGAUUGUGGAUUCAGUGUCUGGCAGCGGUUUAGUUAGUGAUGCCAUCACAGGAGAAAUGUAUGUCCCACUGUCUCAAGAAGAGGCGGAACGUAUCAGUCAGAAACUGCUCUGGCUUUGGCAGCGAUCCAGGCCUGUGAAUGUUAAGCCAUUGCCAGUGGACUUGCACAAGAAAACAGUAAUUUCUGCCAUUGAAGAAAAUCAGGUCAUAGUCAUAGCUGGCGCAACUGGAUGUGGUAAGACUACCAGGAUCCCUCAAUUUAUUUUGGAGAAGUUCAUAACUGACAACAGAGGAGCACACUGUAACAUUUUAAUAACACAGCCCCGAAGGAUCAGUGCAGUAUCAGUGGGGCAACGAGUAGGCUAUGAAAUGGGACCAAACCUGAAGAAAAAUGUGGGUUACCAGGUGAGGCUGGAGAGCAUGUUGCCCCCUAGAGGUGGAGCCCUACUCUUCUGCACUGUUGGCAUCCUGUUAAAGAAACUGCAAGGGAAUGCCUCACUGGAAGGCAUCAGUCAUGUCAUUGUGGAUGAAGUCCACGAACGAGAUGUCAACACGGACUUCCUUCUCAUCUUACUGAAGAAGGUGUUGGAAUCCAACCCGAAUCUGAAGAUCAUCUUAAUGAGUGCCACCAGUGACACUGAGCGUAUAUCGGAAUAUUAUGGGAAUUGCCCCAUAGUAACUGUGCCAGGGUUCAUGUUUCCGGUGAAGGAUUUUUACCUGGAUGAUAUCCUACCAAUGCUGGGACAAAGGAAGACGACUCGGCUCAAUCAACAGGAUGAGGAAGACCCUGUCCCUGAUCUUGAUCUGGUCACUGACACAAUUUUGCAUAUUGAUGCUCACAGUGAAUCAGGUGGAAUCUUGUGUUUCUUGCCAGGAUGGCAGGAGAUCCGAGGGGUUCAACAGAGACUUGAGGAAUGCCUUUCUACUCGGAGAGAAAACUAUAUAAUUUUACCCGUUCAUUCCAACAUCCCUGUGAUGGAUCAACAAGAAAUUUUCCAUCAACCAGCUCCUUGGAUGAGGAAAAUUGUCCUGGCGACAAACAUCGCCGAGACUUCAAUAACAAUCGAUGAUAUCACACACGUGGUUGACACGGGAUGUCACAAGGAGCAGCGCUAUGAUCUGAAAACAAAGGUUUCGUGUCUCAAUACUGUUUGGAUUUCAAAAUCAAAUGUGAGGCAGCGGCGUGGGCGAGCGGGCCGCUGCCAGCCAGGUACGGCUUACCAUCUGUUCAGCAAAGAGAGGCUGGAGAAAAUGGAUGAUUUUCCAAUCCCAGAAAUCAUGCGUACUCCUCUGGAGAACAUAGUGGUGCAGUCCAAAGUUCACAUUCCUGACAUUACGGCUUCAGAUUUUCUGUCAAAAGCAAUGAAUAGUCCAAAUCCUAAAGCUGUGAAUGAGGCUGUGCGGGUACUACAGGAGUUAGGGGUACUCGAUGAAGAAGAAUCUCUCACUUUCCUUGGACAGCGCCUGGCCCACAUCUCCACAGACCCCAGGCUGGCCAAGGCAAUUGUCAUGGCCUCCAUUUUCCGCUGUCUGUCCCCUGUAUUAGCUGUUGUUGCAUGUCUGACUCGAGAUCCAUUUGUGAACAGUUUGCUGAACAGGACUGAGGUUGUGAAGGCUAAAGCACGUCUGAGUGGGGACAGCCGAAGUGAUCAUAUAGCUUUUAUUAAAGCUGUUGAAGGCUGGAAGAAAGUUCUGCAGGAGAGGGCCGCAGACUGCAAGAAAGAAUACCUGGAAGGGAACAUGCUGUACGCCCCAAGCCUCCGCUUCAUUCACGGAUUAAUUCUGCAAUUCUCUGAAAAUGUUUACAAUGCAUUCCUGGUGUCGAAUCCUUCAGAUUGCACGCGUUCCUACUCCUUGUGCAACCAGUACAGUGGGGAGGAAGAGUUGAUUAAAGGUGUGCUGUUGGCUGGCCUAUACCCUAACCUCAUCCAGCUGAGAUAUGGGAAAGUCACCAAAGAGGGAAAAUUUAAACCCAACAGCCUGGUCUACCGUACUAAAGGUGGGCAGGUAUUGCUGCACAGAUCUACAGUGAACAGGAAUGAGGAGUAUUUUAAAAGCCGUUGGCUGACCUAUUUCAUGGCUGUGAAAUCCAGUGGGAACGUUUUUGUUCGUGACUCCUCCAUGGUCCAUCCAUUGACUCUGUUAAUGCUACCAGAUUGUGACAUUGACAUCAAGGAGGAUGGUGACUCUGUGCUGCUAACUCUGGCUGACUCUAGCCUCCUGCAACUUGAGCUGGACUCGAAGACUGCCUAUUUGCUCUACAGCUUCCGCAGAGCUGUACACAAGAUGAUCAAAACCUGCCUGCGAUAUGAGCUCCCUGAAAUAUCCUCAGAUCUUCAGAAAGAACAUGGGGAAGUGCUGUCAUUGCUUGUGGAGCUCUUGAACUGCUGGCCAGCAAAGUGAAAGAUUCACUAGGAGGGGGAAGAAGUGGCAACUAAGUUUGUAUUCUAUUCUGUAUCAGAAUUGCUUGACCUAUUGUAUAAAAGGGAUUAUAUACUUUAUUUAAUGUUGAGGCUAAAACUGCUCAACUUCCUGCAAAAUUACUUGAAACUGAUGGGCAGACCAGCCUAUCAUCUCAUAACUUAUAAAUAUAAUGGAUUGUGUAAAACUGUAAUUGGAAUAAUUGUAUUAAGCAAGAACCCAACUAACUGGGUGAAUGUGUUUCUGUAUGGACAAUGUUGUCUGAGUUCCAUGAUUGAAAAAUUUAUUUAAAGACUA